GGGUCGGCUAGUUUGACUGCUCAUUUCGAAGUGGAGGCUGGCUUGACCGCAGUCUAAUCACGGAGGGGGCGCUAAGCAUUUUAACAGGAUGGGAUUUGACUGGUUUUCAGGGCGUGUCGGAAGUCAGCUUGUAAAUGGUAAAACUGAAGCUUCAAACAGAAGUCUUCCUGUGAAAAGGAAAUCCACCUUCUUACUCGAGGACCACCAGGAAAGUCUCUGUCUGUAAGUAGAGGACACAAUGGCAUCUCCAACCCCUCUGUCCAAGGCCAACACCACCUUCUCUCUGGCUUUGCUCAAAAAAUUUGGAGAUGACAACAAGACGGCAAACAUCUUCUACUCCCCUUUCAGCAUCUCUUCAGCCCUGGCUAUGGUGAUGCUGGGGGCCAGAGGAAACACAGCCACACAGAUGUCAGAGUGCCUGAAAACCAAGGAUUGUCAGGAUGACGUCCAUGUUAGCUUUGCCCAACUGCUGAGUGAGCUCAACAAGGCUGAUGCUCCGUAUGCCCUCAGUGUUGCCAACAGGCUGUACGGGGAGCAGUCCUACCAGUUUGUUGAGGAUUUCUUAGGAAAAACCAAGAAGUACUACAACGCAGAGCUGGAGACUGUUGACUUCAAAGCUGACUCAGAGGCCGCCAGGCUCAACAUCAACAGCUGGGUGCAGAAGCAGACUCAAGAUAAAAUUAAGGAUCUGUUGGCCAAGGGUGACGUGGACAGCCUGAGCAGGCUGGUGCUGGUUAAUGCCAUGUACUUCAAAAGCGACUGGAACAGGCAGUUUCAGCAGUAUGCCACACAGGAUGCUCAGUUUAGACUCAACAAGAAUGACACCAAGCCAGUGAAGAUGAUGCACCAGAAAAAAUGGUUCCCUUUUUCCGACAACCCUAAAGUCAACUGCAAGAUCCUAGAGAUGCCUUACAAAGGGAAGGAGCUCAGCAUGCUCAUCUUUUUACCCAAUGAGAUAGAGGACAGUUCAACAGGUCUGGAGAAGCUGGAGAAGCAGCUGACCUAUGAGAACUUUAUGGAGUGGACUCAUCCAGACAUGAUGAAUAAUGUUGAGGUCAAGGUGGGAUUGCCUCGGUUCAAGAUGGAAGAGUCAUAUGACAUGAAGGAAGUCCUGGUCAGCAUGGGCAUGGUGGAUGCCUUUGACGGAGCAAAGAGUGACUUCUCUGGCAUGUCUCCUGCCAACGACCUGGUACUGUCAAAAGUCGUCCACAAGGCUUUUGUGGAGGUCAACGAGGAGGGAACUGAGGCUGCUGCUGCCACUGCUGCUAUGAUGAUGAUGGGCUGUUGCAUGCCCAUGCAUCCACCCGCCAUGUUCAUCGCAGACCAUCCCUUCCUCUUCUUCAUCCGACAUAACUCCUCCAUGAGCAUUCUCUUUGCUGGCCGAUACUGCUCCCCUGAGUGAGCAAUACAUCGUUUAGAGUAGUGUUUCUCAACUGGAGGGGGGGGUUACAAUACAUCUAGUAUUAGAACAGUGUACCAUUUUAUUUGGUAUAACUCGAAAAAUGUUAAGAAUUACCACUCUAGAGUUUCCUGAAGCUAAUCACAGCGUUCCAGAGUUCCCGUCCUAAAUUUUCAACACCAGAAUGAUGAGUAAAAACUGCGGUGUUGAAUGUUCUUAACUGUGACUACUUGCAUCACUUCUUAUAUGAGGGAGGGAAUGAUUCCGUGUUCAUUCUUAACAUUAUGUUCUUGCACUGUUCUUUGUAUCUUUUGCCCUUAAUCUCAAUCUCAUCCUUAGGAUCUUGUUUACUUUCUGUCCUUGGUAAUUAUUGGAAUUGGAAUCAACAAAGUGCAAUUAUUUGUUAUUGUACCACUAUGCAUGUAAUGAAUAUAGACUAUAAAGAUAGAGUUUAUAUGAAUGUUUGAACUGGUAUUGAUUCCAGGUCAUUUUUAUAUAUGCUUAAUGCAUAUGAAAUAAAAAUGUGUGCUUCACAAA